GUGUUCUUAUCAUUGUUAUCGAGGUAUCGAGCGGAGUUCCGAAAAAUGAGUGUACACAGACUGCACGAUUGUACAAAAGUAUGAAACGCCUUAAACGGUAUUACAGUAAUCGUUUAUCGUUACUUUGUUAAUUAUAAUAGGUGAAGUUUCCAAAUUUAGUAUUACCAUUCAACCACACCCAUAGUAAUAUUAUCUUUAAAAAAUGGGCCUUUGUAAAUGUCCAAAGCGCAAAACUACAAGUCAUUUUUGUUUUCAUCAUUGCGUCAAUGUCUGUGAACAUUGCAUCGUCAACAAUCAUACAACAUGUACAGUUAAAUCAUAUACCACCUGGUUGAAAGAAGCAAGUGGUAGCAUAUCGUCAUCAUCGGUUACAGCAGCUGCAUUAUGCGCUGUUUGUCAAAAGCAGUUGGUUUUAACAUCAAAAGAAGUUGACAACUCAGCAGUUAAUCUCAAUGGCCCUAGAAGUAACACAAAAAUUCCUAUACGGCUUUUAUGCUAUCAUGUAGUGCAUACACGGUGUUUAUCGUCUUAUGUUAAAAAGCAAUUGAAAGAAGGAAACAUUUUAAAAUGUCCAUCAUGUGAUAAACAAUUAUGGAUACAACAACAAAAGCAAUCACAAGUUUCUGAUGACAACUCAGGAAUUGAUUCCAAUGAUUUAACACCUGUUGCAUCACUGUUGUACAAACAUUUAUUGGAUAAUGGUAGUUGGUGGGGCCAGGCAUUGAUUACAAAUGGAAAUGUAAAUGAUAUUGAGAAAUAUUUAAUUGAAGAUGAACUUCAUGAACUUGGAGAAGAAUCAGAUGAAGAAAUACAACAAUUUGAAAACCAAUCAACAUUCAAAAAUAAUAUAUCUCAAAUAAAUAUUAUUGCAGACAAUACAUCUCCUAUCACACUUGCUGAAAAAAUGCAUUUGCCUGAUAGUAACAUUGGUUAUUACAAUCAUUAUGAAUUAACACAUACAGCACCAGAUGUAACAACUAUCAACUACCGUAAUAAUACAAAUCAAAUAUAUCAACCAAUCCAUCAUCGACAUUUCAACAAUAACUAUGGUCAAGAUUCAGCAUUAACAUUACAACAGAUGCAGCAUCAACAACAACAACAACAACAAAAACAAUGUUCAUCUGUUAAUAUGACAACAAUUUCACAGAGUUCAGAUUUGAAUAAUAGACAUGUGAUAACGUCCAUUACUCCAUUACUAUUAAAUAAUGAUAAUAAUUUGAAUCAUGAUGAACAACAAGAUCCUAGUGGCAAAUACAGGCCUAAAAAGUUUAAUAAUCAAUCUUGGUCUUUAAGUUACCAACGGCUUUUGCAAUAUUUUCGUGGUACAAACAAUAAAGCAGAAGAUAAUAGUACUACAAGAAUUGCCACAAUAAUUAUUUUUUGUUUAUUAAUCAUUGUAGUUUUAUUAGUAGCUAUUACUAGUUAUACACGUUCCAAUAAUGAACCAUUUGAUAAUAACAGCAUAGAUUAUGCUGGAGACGAUAUUGAAAAUAAUGGUGGUGGCGCAGCAACAAAUUUAAAAAGUUUCAAUGUUAACAACUUGUAAAAGAAAAUGUAACUUUGGUAAUUUUACUAAAAAUCUUAAUGUAUUGUUUCUGAUUAGAUUAAAAAUUUUUUUUUUUUUGUUUACGUGGCAAAUUAUAUUAAAAUCAUAUUUUAUUGUGAGAUUCUCACUCAGUUAUUUUAUCAGUCACAAAAAUAUUACAUUCAAAGUGUUUCUGAUAUUCCACACAAAACCUAGAAUUUGAAUGAAAGUUUAUUUUUAUAAUAUUUUUAUUUUAUAUUUAAAAUUUAAAUUAAAAACAAUUACUAUUUGCUCUUCAAUAAAUACAUUUAUUUGACUAUAACAAACAUUUAUUAGCUGGCAAUAAUGGUUCAUAGUUUUUUAAAUAUUAAUAUUAUGGAACAGUGUUGCAAUAUUAUAAGUAUGCAUUUCUUUCUUUAAAAUACAUAUUUAAACAGUGUUUAAAAGACUUAUAAAAAGAAAAACUGAAAAACAUUUUUUUUGGUGAUGUACGUCUUAAUAGUAAAAGUUAUAGUUGCUUAUGAUUUAUGAACAUAUUUGUUUAUGUAUUUAUAUGUGAUUAUGUGUAAUUUUCUAUUAUUAUUGAAAUAAUUAUGUGAUUUUGAUAAUAAAAUCCAUCUAAUAUUUAUAUUA